GCGAACUCUACUCGGGAGUUAAACAUUUUACUUCUAAUAGUUUAACGCGUUGUACCUUCUCAACACUUCUUCUCUCACUCAAAAAUGUUGCCCACAGCUCUAAUCCGCCAAGUUUUGGUCAGCUUCUCACUCGUGUUUCUGUGUGCUCACGGGAAAGAAUGGAAGAAAUACAGCUAUCCUGAUCCACAGCAGGAUCUACUGGAAUGCGGGCUGGACGGGAUUCCGUCCUGGAUCUGUGAUCCGGAUCAAGUUCUAUCAGAGGAACAAGUUUCAGACGUGCACAGUAGACUAGAGGAACUGAACAGCGGUACUCGCUGUCUGUGCAGCUCAUGUGACGCCAGUAACCACGGGUACAAGGUCGCCGUCGCCGUCAUGGACAAGAUGUCCUAUAACGGAGCUGCUGAACACGUGGAUCUGGUGGCGAACAACUUCGCGCGGUACCUUCGGGAGAGGUGGUUCUCCUCCGGCUGUGGAGACAACGUGCUCGUCCUGGUUACCAAGGAAACGCCUCAGGUGUACAUCUCAGCUGGCCCGGCGGCGAGAUCAAAGCUUCCCGACCGCACGGUGAAAAGCAUCGUCAGCAGCGCGCAGGCUCAGUUGGCGUCCGAAGACUUCCAGUCCGCUAUCCUCACAGUGGUCAACGGCGUCAAGUCCGAGUUUGAAGACAUGGACACUACUGUACUGGCCAUCAUUGUCGCCGCUUGCGUUCUUGGCCUUCUCACAGUCAUUCUGGUCAGCGUCUUGGUCUGUCUUAAGCUGCGUUCGAUGAAGGAGGACUCCAAGCCGACUUUCUUCCGACCGGACAAGACGCGAGAGUCCCGAAAGAGUCUAGCCAAGAGCGAGACGCACUACGACCCGAACACGGACAAUGUGUACGUCUCACUACGGGAGAACAAGACGGCAGAGGCUGUUGUAUGAUGGGAUAUGUGUGUGUGUGUGUUCGCGCGGGGCAAUAUGGGAUAGUAUUUAUUAUAGUAUUUAUUUCCUCAUGUUAAGACAGCUGGGUAACCUAUUCAGCUUGGUCGUUUAUUUGUUUAUUUUAUUUGCACAUGUAUAAAAUAGAAUACAGAAAAUAAAUUACUAAUACAUGUAUAAAACAGAAUAUUGCUGGCAAGGCGAUAAAGUAUUCGAUCUGACUUUUGAGUUUCAAAAUCCAUUUUAGUCAUUUUCAUCAGCAAUAUCUGUCCCAAACUACAAAUUGUGGGUCCAGGAGACAAUACUAGUAUCUAGAUUGGACAUGACAUGCAUAUUUCUACAAUCAAGGAGCUUAAAAUUGACUUAAAUGUGGUUACACAUUGUGUGUUUUAAGGCAUUGUACAAUAUUUAGAUUUGGGCAUCAUUUCACACGCAAUAAAAGUCAUUAAAACAAGCAAUAAUGUUGGUUUGAGACAGACCACAUCAGUACGUUAAAAGUGCUUAAUCUGUGGAGCCUUUGAAAGUUUAGAUGUUUCAUGUUGUAAUAAAAUAAAUUUUUUAAUGUUAGAAGUUCUCUUACUUUUGUGAGGCCUAGAAUGUGUAAUGGAAAACUCAAAGACAAUACUUUUGUAAAUUUCUGCAGUGUUUUUCUAACAUUAAGUAGAUCUAUAUUAAAGCCAUUAUGAAACUUUGAA